AUAAUUUUUCCCUCUUUUCCACCAUCUUCACUGAAAGCACUUGAAGACUCGAACCUCCCUCUCUCCUGUGGCUCCAUUUUUCACAGUAUGGUAAGUGGUAGUAACCAUAACCACCAUGAAAAUGGGGAUAAAAAACCUACUAUGGGAGAAGCUUCUAGGUCGUGGGGCACCACUGUCACGGGUCAAUCCGUUUCGACCAGUAGUAGUGUUGGCUCUCCCUCCAGCCGGGGCGAGCAAGCUAUGGCUACACCAGCUAGUGAGAAUACUUUCUUAAGAUUGAACCAUCUCGAAAUUCAUGGAGAUGAUGCUGGAUCUCAAGGUGCUAUAGGUAGUAAAAAGAAGAAGAGAGGUCAACGUGCAGUGGGAGGCGAUAGGAGUGGCAGAGGGCUCCGCCAAUUUAGCAUGAAAGUUUGUGAAAAAGUGGAAAGCAAGGGAAGAACCACAUACAAUGAGGUAGCAGAUGAACUUGUCGCUGAAUUUGCUGAUCCUGGCAAUAGUGUAGCAUCACCGGAUCAGCAGCAUUAUGAUGAGAAAAACAUCCGUCGAAGGGUUUACGAUGCCCUGAAUGUGCUAAUGGCAAUGGAUAUAAUAUCUAAGGACAAAAAAGAAAUACAGUGGAAGGGACUUCCUCGUACUAGCGUUAGUGAUAUCGAAGAAUUAAAGACUGAACGUGUUGGACUGAGAAGUAGGAUUGAUAAAAAGGCUGCCUAUUUGCAUGAAUUGGAGGAGCAGUUUGUAGGUCUUCAGAAUUUGAUACAACGAAAUGAGCAACUGUACAGCUCAGGGAAUGCUCCCAGCGGGGGUGUGGCCUUACCUUUUAUACUGGUGCAGACACACCCUCAUGCAACUGUUGAGGUUGAAAUUUCGGAAGAUAUGCAGCUGGUGCAUUUUGACUUUAAUAGCACUCCAUUUGAGCUCCAUGAUGAUAAUUAUGUUCUCAAGGCGAUGAAAUUCUGCGAGAGAACACAGAAUGAUGAAAAGACACACAAUUUUUCUGCAGAUGGUGAAGGUUCUAGCAUGUCUGCAAUGUACAAACAACAGAUCCUUCCUCCCCCAAGGACAAGCACACUGGGUAGGCUUCCUAUAUCCCCGCCUCUUCCCGGAAUACUGAAAGCACAUGUUAAGCAUGAACAUUGAUAAUUCGGUUUCAUGUUAAACACCAAGAGCGAUUUAUUUGUACAUUGUGUAAAGUAAUUUGCCAGGAAAGUGGUGUGUAAGAUCAUCGUCACCAAGAGCGGUCUAUAUGCUAACCCCACGAUAUGCCCUAGUAGCGUCCUUGCUUCAAGGGGCAUCUUUCCCGGCAAGUCUUGAGCUUUUACAGCUUCAUAAUUUGCUCAUGUAUUUGUUUUAUUCUAUCUCUCCUCUUUUUAUCCCCCCCUAUGUAGCAGAAAUCAGCUUUAUUUGUAUUAGACUAUAGAGAGAUUAUUGUUCUCUGCAUAAAGAAUCUCCAUAUAGAAUGAACUAGUUUCUAAAAUUCUUUUUAUUUUGCUAUAUUA